CACGCCGGUUGGCUACUGAAACCGCUCAUCUCUCUCCCUUAUAAACACUACACUUCAUUGCUUUCCCCAUUCUCUUCAUCCUUCUCUUUCACUCUUUUCUCCGUCUUUGACUGAAAACAUUAAAUCUCCUUCAAUGCUUAACUUGCAUGCGAGUUCCUGUGUAACCUCUUCUUCGCCAUCUUCCUCCUACCCCUUUCAGUCCCAAUCCCAAUGCUUUUAGAAACUGAUUCUGAAUCCAUCCUUGCUUCCAAGUUUUCUCUGUUUCUUUCCAAGAACUCUCGGCCGCAUGGUGGAGUAGCUUUCAGUAACGCCUAAAGCUCACUGAGGGAAACCGAAGAAGAAGGGGGGAAAAUUUUAAGUCAGACUUCACAUAAGGGAACACAAUAUGGCUCGCGCUACAAACUGGCUGUCGUUUUCGCUGUCGCCGAUGGAAAUGUUGAGAUCCUCCUCCGAUUCUCAGUUCGUCCAAUACGACAAUCUCUCUGCUAACAACAACUCUCAUUACUUCGUCGAUAAUUUCUAUGCCAAUGGAUGGCCGAAUCUGAAGUCACAAGCAGAUUACUAUGGCCAAGUAGAACAAAACCAAACCGGAGACAGCUUGACGGGCCCACAAAAUCAGAACGAUGGAGUUCCGAAGCUGGAAGAUUUUCUGGGCUACGCCGACAGCCAAACGGAGACGCAAGAUUCGUCGCUGACUCAGAUAUACGAGCAGGGAGGCGGCGGCGGCGGCUACUUCGGCGAUCCUCAGGAUCUGAAAGCAAUCGCUGGGUUUCAAGCUUUCUCUGCGAACUCCGGCUCCGAGGUAGAAGACUCGGCUUCCAUGGCCAAGACUGCUCAUCAGGCUGCUUGUGGGGAGUUUGCGAUCGAGUCCUCUGGGAACGAAGUGGCGUUCUCCGGUUGCACGACGGGUGCUUUGUCCCUGGGCGUCACUCAAAGCCGUGAGAAAGCCAUUGUUGCGGUGGACUCGGAUAGCAAGAAGAAAGUCGCCGAUACAUUUGGUCAGCGAACUUCAAUCUACAGAGGCGUUACAAGACACCGAUGGACUGGAAGAUAUGAAGCGCAUCUAUGGGAUAACAGUUGCAGAAGAGAGGGUCAGGCGAGGAAAGGACGUCAAGUGUAUCUGGGAGGAUAUGACAAGGAAGAUAAGGCCGCAAGAGCUUAUGAUUUGGCUGCUCUGAAGUACUGGGGUCCAACUGCUACCACCAACUUUCCUGUUUCGACUUACACAAAGGAAUUGGAGGAGAUGAAACAUGUAACGAAGCAAGAAUUCAUUGCUUCACUGCGCAGGAAAAGUAGCGGUUUUUCUAGAGGAGCUUCUAUAUACAGAGGCGUAACAAGGCAUCAUCAGCAGGGUCGAUGGCAAGCAAGAAUCGGUCGUGUCGCGGGGAACAAAGAUCUAUACCUUGGAACAUUUGCUACUGAGGAAGAAGCAGCUGAGGCAUACGAUAUUGCAGCCAUUAAAUUCAGAGGUGCAGGUGCUGUGACGAACUUUGAGAUGAACAGAUACGAUGUGGAAGCUAUUAUGAAGAGUACUCUUCCUGUUGGUGGAUCAGCCAAACGUGCAAAACACUCCCCAGAAUCAGAAGACAAUGUUCUUCCUAGCAAUAACCUCCAUAACCUGCAACCUCAAUAUCCAAACGCGAUCAAUACCAACGGUGGAACUAUCAGUUUCACUCCCAUUCAACCUGCACUUGCUUCUAUCCCCUGUGGCAUUCCCUAUGAUUCCGCUGCAGCACAUUACCACCACAAUCUCUUGCACCAUUUUUAUCCUCCUAGCAGUUCUGGAACCGUCGAUUCUGCUGUAUCCGCAGCUGCGGCUGUUGUGGCUCCGAUGACUUCGAUGCCGGCUGCUGCUGAGUUUUUCCUGUGGCCUCAUCAGCCUUGUUGAUCGCCUGAUAUAGUCAAGUAGUUAUCUCUUCUUCUAACAUAUCAUUAGUUAUAAUAGGGUUUAUCUCUCACAGUUCAGCUGACUCCCCAUCGAAUAUACCUUAACUGGGAAGAAAGAAAACUAAGGUAGGUUUUGGUUGGUGCUGGUAAAUGCUAGAGUUUCAGUUUACAGGUUAGAAGCUGGAUCAUGUAAGUGACUUUUGAAAGAUAAAUUGAGUAGGGCAGGAAUUUAUAAAUGCUUUUUUCACCUUA